AUGUCUCAUUCUCACGAAGGAGGCCCAUCCCACUCUCACGAUCACCCUGCUGGUGACCAUGGACACACGCAUGAAGUUCUUGAUGGACCAGGUAGUUACAUGGGUCGGGAGAUGCCAAUCAUAGAGGGUAGAAAUUGGUCUGAGAGAGCUUUUACUGUUGGUAUUGGAGGACCUGUAGGCUCAGGCAAAACAGCAUUGAUGUUAGCUCUCUGUAAUGCUCUCAGAGAAAAAUACUCAAUCGCAGCCGUUACCAAUGAUAUCUUCACCCGGGAAGAUGCUGAGUUCCUCACCAAACACAAAGCCCUUCCAGCAUCCCGCAUUCGCGCUAUUGAAACUGGUGGAUGUCCUCAUGCCGCAGUACGUGAAGAUAUUUCCGUCAAUCUUGCUGCGCUCGAAGAUCUGCACCGUGAAUUCACUUCCGACAUUUUACUCAUUGAAUCCGGAGGCGAUAAUUUGGCGGCGAAUUAUUCCAGGGAGUUGGCGGACUACAUCAUCUACGUGAUUGAUGUCAGUGGAGGUGACAAGAUUCCUAGGAAAGGAGGUCCAGGAAUUACACAGAGUGACCUUUUGGUGGUGAACAAGACGGAUUUGGCCGAAGCCGUGGGUGCAGAUUUAGAUGUUAUGGAUAGGGACGCGAGAAAGAUGAGAGAAGGAGGUCCAACUGUUUUUGCCCAGGUCAAAAAAGGAGUCGGGAUGGAGCACAUAGUGGGUUUAAUUGAGAGCGCAUGGAGAGGUAGUGGUGCGGAACGAGUCAGCAAAGAAAGGGGUGGUCCAAAAGCUACGGAGGGUUUGGAACAAUUGAAGUAA